UGCACCGGACAGCGGGCCAUGGCCGAGCUGGCUCCGUUACCGCUGACUUUUGAGGACGUUGCCAUUUAUUUCUCAGAGCAGGAAUGGCAACAUCUGCAGACUUGGCAGAAGAUGCUCUACAAGCAUGUCAUGAAAACCAAUUAUGAGACUCUAGUCUCUCUAGACGGUGAUCUUUCUAAACCAGAGCUAAUACUCUGGAUUGAACAUGGGAGAGAGCCCUUCAAGAGCUGGGAAGAAACACAGAAACUAGACAGCAUAAUGCAUUCCUCUGCUGAGGCGCAUUUUGAUCCAGUGACAGAGCAAAAGCUGUUGGGUGAGUAUUAA